AACAACUUGGUGGCUGUUUUCCAGCCUAUCCAGAACCUCCGUACAAAUUCUGGGGUGGGAUGUAAGGGAAAGGUUCACUAACAGAAUGGAUUAACAGAUCUACUCUUCUGUUUGUAGAGGGUUCCUGUUUCAGACAGAUUGGACAGUCAAGGUGUUGGUUGAGUUUUGAGAAACACACAGUGAGCAUGUGGCUCCUUUUGGCAGUCUUGUUGUUCUUUGCCAUCCGAUGGUACCUGGAAAGGCAGAAGGUGGAAAACCUCCGAGAGAAGUAUGUCUUCAUCACUGGCUGCGACUCCGGCUUUGGGAACCAGCUUGCCAGGCAGCUGGAUGCUGAGGGGCUAAGGGUGUUGGCAGCCUGUUUUACACAGAAAGGGGCCGAAGAGCUGGAGAGGCUCACAUCAGAUCGGUUGAAAACCACCCUCCUGGAUGUCACCAGCACAGAGAGCAUUGUGGCAGCGACUGAGUGGGCGAAAGGGUGCGUCAGAGACAAAGGGCUCUGGGGCUUGGUGAACAAUGCAGGGAUUGUGGAAGCGAUGGUACCCAAUGAGUGGCUGGACAAAGAUGCCUUUGUAAAAGUGCUAAAUGUCAAUCUGGUUGGACUGAUUGACGUGACGCUACACAUGUUGCCGCUGGUGAAGAAGGCCAGGGGAAGGGUUGUUAACGUGUCCAGCAUCCUGGGGCGACUGGCUUUCUACGGAGGAGGCUACUGUCCAUCUAAGUAUGGGGUGGAGGCUUUCUCCGACUCUCUCAGGCGCGAUCUCCGCCCAUUUGGGGUGAAAGUAGCCAUGGUGGAGCCAGGCUAUUUCCGAACAAACAUGACUAACAUCCAGCACAGCAUGAGCGUCCUCGAGCAGCAAUGGGUCCACACCCCACAGGAAGUCAAAGAUAGCUAUGGACAGACCUACUAUGAGAGAUGGCGCCAGUUGCUCAAAGAGGCCCUCAUAACUCGAUGCAGCACUAACCUCUACCUGGUCACUGACUGCCUGGAGCAUGCCUUGACGUCCCGGCACCCUCGCACACGCUACUCUGGAGGCUGGGACUCCCAGUUCUUCUUCGUUCCUCUCUCUUACAUGCCCACAGCGUUGGCAGACCUUGUGCUGACCUGGUCUUGGCCCAAACCUGCUCAGGCCGUGUAAAGACAGUGACGUGAAAAUAGUGGCUAGGGAAAGAAAAGGGGGGAUUGGGUAGCCAGAUGCAAGAGAAGAGAGACAAGGCUCCUACGCUUUCAAUCGUUGUGUGCAAAAGGGAAUUUCAGCAUGUGUGGUUUGUGUUGGUGAGCUGUGCAUGUUGCACGUCCCUCUUCUAUGUAACUAUUCAAGGUUCAGGAGCCUUCUCUGCUUCUGCUGCUGGCCACAGGGCGCACAGGUUGCUACAUCUCACACCUUCCUGAGAUUCUCACCUUUCUGAAUUUUCUGAUGGAGUUCUCCAAACCAAUAACGUGUCUAUAAGGGUCAGGAACAGAAACCAGUCAAAAGAGUAGGAUCAUUACUGGUUCACAUCAUUGUUGUUAUCAAGUCACCGAAUAACAGAACUGUAGACUUGGAAGGGACCCUGAGGCUCAUCUAGUCCAACCCCCUGCAAUGCAGAAUCUCAACUAAAGCAUCCAUGACAGAUGGCCAUCCAACCUCUGCUUAAAACCCUCCAAUGAAAGCGAGUCCACAUCCCCCAAGGAAGCUUCUUAGAAUGAAUAAAGAAGAGGCGCCACCAAGUCUGCAAAUGCCAUGUAAUCAAUAACUUUUUUGGAUCUGAUGAUUCCUUUACACUGACAUGAAUGUACAUUAUGUAAGCUAAGUAACUUGUACUAAACAGCAGACAGCGAGGCAAUUCACGUGUCUGGUGGAAACCAAACUGCAGUAGAAUGGAAGCAGCUGUCUUCCUCCCACUUAGAAAUAAAAGAGAGAAACCAAAACUGA